AACACUAAUGUAUAAUGUAACAUAUUGUAGCUAGCCUACUCCUCUGAUCAGCAAGAGAGAGUGUGAGAUGUACAAUGGCAUUGGCUUAACGACAGUACGAGGAUCAGGGACUAAUGGCUACGUACAGAGAAACACGGCUCACAUUUCCAACACAAGGACCAAGUUUGAUUACAACUACAACGAUGACAAGGAGAAGGGUGUAACGAUAAGGAAACCUAAUAAAGCGAUCUUGGAACACGAGCAGAAGAGAGCUGUGGAGGUGAAGUGUGUGGAGUUACAGGAAGUGCUGGAAAACCAGGGGUACACAGAGCUUGAGAUUGCAGAACAGGUCAGCGCUCUGAGAAUUAGCUUGAUGAACAGCGGAAAAGUGAUCUCUAAACGCAAAGGUGAGACGCACCAUCUGGCGGAGGCACAGCACAGGAAGAAUGAGAAGAUGAGGGAAGCGUUCGGUAUCAAAGCUAAGGAGGACGGGGAGAUUAAGGAGGAUAGUUCGGAUAGUUCUGAGGAGGAGGGAGCUGAUAAGGAGAAUGGGGAGGAGAAACCUGAUAAUGAGGAGGCUGAAUCAGAGGACACUGACUCAGAGAAUAAACUGCAGAAAAAGCCUAAGGUUUUGGACGACGACAAAGAAGAGAAAGAAAACAGGUCAGACCCAGGACGGAAGCGUCGUGGUAGUGAAGCUAGCAAAUCGAAGUGGGAAGCAGAUAACAGUACAACACGCUGGGAGCAGGACCGUGCAGACAGACGGGGCGGUAGAGACAGGAGACAGGAGACAGGAGACAGGAGACACUCUCCUUCGCCUCGCAGGGGGAGGAAGUCUCCUUCUCCCAGACGAGGCCGGGGGUCUGCUUCACCCAGACGCAAAAGGCAGUCUCCUUCACCCAGACGAGGCCGGGGGUCUCCUUCUCCACGUAGAGGGAGAGAUCAGAGGGACGACAGGAGACGUCAGAGAUCAAGGAGCAGAGACCGCCCAGCGAGAAGAAGAAGAUCAGGAUCUUCAGGACGUGAAGACUCGCGCAGCAAGAAGAGGCGUAACGACUCAGCAGAGAGGAGGAACAGGGUCCGUGAGAGACGAGAAAGAGACAGAAGCAGUCCGUCUUCUCCUGUAAAAGAGAGACGAGAGAGGAGACGAUCCAGGAAGGAGAGCGAGUCUAAAGUCAGGGCAUCAUCAGCAUCUGAGGAAAGAGUUGUGAAGAAAAAGGACCGUAAAAAGAAAAAGGAAAAGCAAGAGAAGGAAAGGAAGAGUAGGCAGAGGUCGUCGUCAAGAAGCGAGAGCCCGGUCAAGAAGGACAAGAAGAAAAAAUCCAAAAAAGAGUCAAGCUCUGACCAGUCUGAGCCUGAGGAGGAAGUAUCAAAGAAGCAGAGGAAACUCAAGAAGAAGGAGAAGCACGAGGAGAAGAAGCUAAAGAAGAAACAGAAGAAAAGGCAGAAGAAAGAGCUGGAAAAAAGGAAGAGGCGUAGAUCUUCUAGCGAGUCUGGGAGUGAAGAAGAAGAAGAGACAGUGAAACGGAAGAAGAAGGAGAGAGCAAGUCCGGCGAAGAAGAAACGGAAAGAAAGCAGCUCUGAAGCCGCAGAAUCUGAAAGUGAACCUGAACAACAAGCAACACAUGAACCAAGUCCCGAAAAGGAGCCGAAACGAAGAGCUCGCAAAUCUUCUAGUAGUCCCGAAAAGAAGAAAAAGAGACGGGGACGCAAGGAAUCAAGUAGCCCAAAGAAAGCAGUCGUGCAGAAAAAGCGUGAUAGUUCGAGUGGCUCAGAAGAAGAGGCUCCUGAACAAGCUCGACCAUCACCUUCUCCUGAAAAGGCUCGCAGAAAAGCACGGAAACCUUCCAGUAGUUCGGAGCCAGAAUCUCAACAAAAAGCUGAAAAAUCAUCAUCCAGUAGUUCAGAUAGUGAACCUGAAGUCAAAGAUAGAUCGCCAUCAAGAAGCCCCGAACCAGAAAAACGAGCGAAAGCUCCUUCAAGCAGCCCUAAACCAGAAAAGAGACGAAAGGCACCUUCGAGCAGCCCUGAUUCGAAACAGAAACCUCAAUCCCCGGUUAAAGAAGGAUCCUCCUCAUCCUCGUCGUCUGGAUCAGAUUCUGAACCAGAAGCAGCCCCCAAGUCCCGGUCCCCCGCCGCUCCACAAAGUGCAGCCAGCUCCUCUAGCUCUAGUGAGGAUGAAGCUCCUACAAAACAAGACAGCUCUAGUGACUCGUCUCCUGAACGUCAACAGAAAAGUCCUUCCCCUCAGAAACAACCCUCUAGGUCGCGUGAUAGAAGAUCCCGUGAGAGAAGGUCACGUGAUAGCCCUGUGAGGAGGAGGGGUCAUUCUCCGCCACGCAGAUCUCCUCCAAGAAGGAGAUCCCCUCAUUCUCGGGACAGGAGAGAUCGUGGUCCUAGACGAUCACCUCCCAGAUCACGAGACAGGUUUUCACGGGACAAUGGAUCACGGGAUGGUAGACAUGCUAGAAACAGGAGUCCUCCAAGAAAUAGGAGUCCGCCAAGACGUGCAGCGCGAAGUCCCUCUCCUCCAAGGCGUGCAGCUCGAAGUCCCUCUCCUCCAAGUCGUGCAGUGCGGAGCCCUUCUCCACCAAGGCGUGCAGCGCGGAGCCCAUCUCCGCCAAGACGUGCAGCGCGGAGCCCCUCUCCUCCAAGGCGUGCAGCAAGGAGCCCCUCUCCAAAACCCAACAAAUCACCUGUGAGACGAAGUCGUCAGAAGAGUCCUGAGAAGAGCAAACAAUCGUCCUCAAGUGGUAGUUCUGCAGACAGCAGCAGUUCUUCAUCAGACAGCGAUUAGAGUGACAUUGUGACGACUUUUAUCUAUUUCAACCCACUGAUAUUACCGACCAUUCCACUUUCAGAGUACAGUUUUGAGGCAUAUGGUUUUAAUUUCUUAUUUGAUUAAAUUUUGAGAAGUUGAAAGAAUUUUGCAUAAACUUUGUGUAACAACGAUGGCACUGAUUGUAAUAAAGGUUAACUUUUUUCUUGUUAUCACCCAUAAUAUAACGAUA